GCAUCAGCAUCUCCAUCUACCAUCUCGAUUGCAACCAAAAGCAACGUGCUCUACUUGCGAUAGCCACAUUUCUGCCCACCAUGCCUCUUAUCCUCAACAUCCACACCCCGGCUCAUUCUUAUGCGCUCCCAUACCGCAAGAACGAAUCCUCCAGCGCCCUCAUCGACCGAAUAGUCAGGAAGUCCGGGCUGGACGAGAAGGCUUCCCAAGGUGUUAAAGAGGGACGAGACGGCGGGUUGCUGCAGUACGAAUUUGAGGGUGGGAGGUGGACGCUCCAGGAUGACGACGACCUGGAGAUCAUGCUCUCCCGAUACCCGGCCGACGAGACCCCUUCGAUCACCCUUCAUUUGACUCCUCCCAAGUCCACCUCCAACACCUCCACCAACAACAACUCUGCUCAGACUCAAGGAGGAUCCAACUCCACCUUCCCGAACAACUAUAAUUCAAAGUCGUUAUACUCGACCCCGCCCAGGGAGAAGAAGGAGAAGGUCAACGGGAUCUUGAACAAGAGCUCGGGGUCUGUACUGGGUUCUCAGAAGAAGAAACAGAGUAGCGAGGCGGUCACGGGGGGUGGACAUAUUAGGACCAUUACCCCCGAGAAGCCCGUACACGAGAAUCACAACCACUUCAGCGUGCACAAGACCACCAGCACCACUACCAACACCCCUAACAAAGCUCAUACUAACGGCAACACCCAUAGCAACCAGGACGGCCUCACCCAUCUGCCAAACAUCCCCAAAGCUCCCAGCUUCAACCCCAACCCUCCUUCAGACCUCGUCCUUCCUCCCGCCCCUAAAUCCACGGGAGCCCGUUCGACCCGAUCGACGGCUACGGCCUUGACGACCCGCCCCAAAUCCGUCCACCCGAAUACCGGGGCGAUCAGGGGGUACGAGGAUGACGAUGAUGUCGUCGAAGGGGAGACGCUGGGAGACAGGCAUAAGAGGAAGUGGAAGGCUUUCCAUGAGGGGAGGGGGGUGAGGACUGUCGUGGGGAGUAUCGGGGGGGUCAAGGAUGUCCGGAUGUUGAUCAAGCUCGGGUACCGACACGUCUAUGUGUCGAGACCGUUUGCGACCCGAUCGGGGUUGAUCCCUAAGAACUCGGCCAUGGGCACCUACGGCUACGCCGGUCUCGUCAACCUCGGUCAGCUGCCUAUCACCGUCGGUUCGAAGACGCAGAAGCACACCGUCAUGAUCUCGGAAGAAGCCAACUUUGACGUCGUGCUCGGAAGGAGUUGGAUGGAGAAGAUGGCGAUCAAGACCGACCCGCUGGAUCAGACGCACAUCAGCUAUUACGAUUCGAACGAGGUCAUCCCCUGUGACAUCGUCGUCCUCAAGGAUUCGAACGGGCAGGUCAUCACCGUCACCUAGAACUAAAG